AUGUGUAGAGGGAGCGUACAUGUCGGAGCCCCCACACGCGACGGUGACGCUGCGACUGCAGCCCUCACUGGCGGCGGGGAAAGCGGAACGGGAAGCACGAACGAGGGACGAGAGGGCUCACGUGCAACGCCCGACGUAGUGUUCAGGCAGCAAAAAGAGUCAAGCGAGCUCUUAAGGAGUGAUAGCGCAUAUGAGAUCCAAGGUACAACCGCCUCCGAAAUCCCUCGCACGGGGCUCACACAGCGGCCAGAAUCUGCCUCUGAUAACCCUGCCACCAGUAUCGACGCAAGUGUCAUAAUCAAGGCGUCGACAAUGGCGAUGACAUUGAUGACUUGUGCUCAUGAUCAUGGUGGCACAACAGCAAAGACUCGGAUUUCCCCCGUUGUGGGCGACGUAACAUCAAACCGCUCGAGAAAAAUCAUUCGUACUCCGUACCCAACCCAGUACCAGUGCGUCUCCGCAUCCACCCCUCGUGCCCUAUACGUUGUAAUUGUACAUCAGUUCUCGUACCUUUCCCUGUCCGUGCAAACCACGAGGCAGAGUUUUACCAGCACUACUCCUUCACCCCUCCUUGAAGAUAGAACGAAAUUUGCUAUGAAGUUGUUUGAAUAUGAGCGGCGAUUGUUCAAGGGCAUCUGUGGGCGUAGUUUAGAUAGAAUCUUCCGACGUAUUCGACUCGACUCCGUCACGGCCAGGAAUCUAAACGAUAUCGAUGAGCGGAUUGCUCAGGUCGAACAGGACCUUCUCAUCCUCAAACGCGAGCGUAACAAGCUUCUCCCCGUCGCACGACUCCCCGAUGAACUGGCGCUUAGAAUCAUUAACCAGGCUUGGGCGGAUGCGGCGCACUCGCAGCCGACAUUUCUUGUGCAGAUUACGCACGUGUGCAACCACUGGCGUGAGCUCGCGCUUCGCUCGCCUUUACUCUGGGCUCGUGUCCCGUUGUACAACAAGCGCUAUGUUAGCAUGGCGAUGGAGAGGAGCUCUGAAUGUCAGCAUCCCACAUCAAAUCCGCUGUUCAUGAAGCUUAAAGGCAAAAAAGCUCCUCAGCUCGAGUCUUUGACUCUGUCGGCUCCGAUUUCUUUCUAUGACAUGCCUCUACCUGUAUUUUCAAAACUUGAAUACCCCCGACUUCGAGAGGUGGAUGCGUGCAAUUUCAACACGAAGAGCUCAUCGAGAUACUUUGUGCCUUCGCUGACAAGCUUAUCGAUAUCGGAGAGUUUUCUGAACCCAUCAGACUUACUCUCUAUUCUUCAUAGUCUGCCCCAGCUGGAGGACUUGAGGUUGGACCUCCUUGUCCCUGCGAGACCCCAGCGUGAUCACGACCUGCUAGCCCAGGCACAGCUCCCCCCGAUGGAGAUGCCAAACCUGCGACAUCUCUUCGUAAAGGCUGAACUCACCCCAUGCUCUAUAAUCUUGGUCAAUCUUGCUUCCCUUCCGGUUGUGACCGAGGUUGAAGUUGUCGUGCUAGACGGUGAUCCCCUUAGGAUCUUACAACAGCGCCGGGAUGGACAGAAACCUAUCACAAUAUCACAGCGUGGAGCAAAGAGACGAGACGAUCGCUCGGAUGCGGAUGGUGACUCAAAGGAAAUGAUGCAGACAGUGUCUGAGAUUCUACUACCGCCUAGCUUGGAAUAUCUGCAGGUCAAGACCCCCCUGGCUUCAGCGGAGUGGAGACGACAGUUUGGUCAUCUGGCCAACGUGACCAGGCUUUGCGUUUCAGGGGCGGACGAUGGGUUCUUCCAUGCUUUAUCUGGCAUUCACGAUCUGGCAACAGGAAUAGAUGGUGAGAAGGAAAGGGAGGGCUUGGAAGGCUGGUCUUCCACUGAGCCUGACACCAUGCGUUUGUUCCCUCGACUUCAACACCUUAUGAUCGAGGAAGAUGACAAUAGUCUGUACGAUGACGUCUGGGUCAAGAAACUAGCCAAGAUGCUUGGUUCGAGGAAAACUAACGGCUCCGAGGUGGAGCGGCUCGAUAUCCGAGGUCUCGAGGAGUGCUCGGGGCAGUAUGAGGCACUGUUGAGGGACGCCUCACGGGAAGUCACUCUUCGUCCCCCGCUCGAAAUCCAUGUCCAGGAGGAGAGUGAACAGUGA